GUGGAGGUUCUAUCAGUUGCAGAGUAGCCACAGGAAACAGAGAAAUGUCGAACAUGACGAGUCCUUCUAAAAUGGUAGAGGCCAAAAUCGAGAUAACCAACCGCCUAAUGGCUGUCAAAAGGAGAUCCUGCAAGUCCUACACUCAGAUUGCUGCGGAGACUGGCCUCACCAACGUCUACGUUGCUCAGUUACUGAGACGCCAGGCUCAACUCAAGCCCGAUACUGGCCCAAGGCUACGAGCUGCGCUGCCUGAACUCACCGAUGAUCUGCUUCAGGAGAUGACUAAACCACCCCUGAGGUCCUAUGACCCUAACUUGAUCCAAGAACCAACCGUUUACAGGUUGAAUGAAGCUGUUAUGCAUUUUGGUGAAAGUAUAAAGGAAAUUAUCAAUGAGGAGUUUGGUGAUGGCAUCAUGUCAGCCAUAGACUUCUACUGCUCUGUUGAUAAAGUGAAAGGGGUGGAUGGAAAAGAACGUGUUGUUGUGACAUUUGAUGGGAAGUAUUUGCCAUAUACUGAGCAGAAGUUAGAGCACAUGGUUUCAAGACGAAGGCAAAAUGAAGUUGAUCAAUCCUGACUUUGAUGCUAAGAAUCCCUUGUUUCGGUCAAUGUGUGGAUGGACUUACUGGAGUAAGUCUUUAACUUAAUUUGUUAAAUUAUAUGUUAAGUGCCAUCUUCCUGUACUUGGAUAGUGCUACUGAUGAUGGCCAAUAUGAAAUUGUAUCCAUAAUUGUUUCAUAUUGUGGGCUUGCUAGUGAAUCAAAGGUUGCAGAACAUUCAGUAAAUUGCACCGUCACUGCAUGAUUAAAACCGACUCAUGAAAUGUAGUGAUCUCGUUCAUUAUUGUUA